UCGGGCCCCACCCUUGUCUUUAGGGGGAGGGUCCCCCCUGCCUGCAGGGCCAGCCCAGCCUGGCAGAGUCUCUCUGGGAGUGGAGCGAGGAGCCACCUGAGAAGUCUCACCUCCAGGGGCUUCUGGCAACCACAAGGCAAAAUACAAAGGGCAGACGCUGGUGCUAGGGGGUGGGAUCCCACUACACAACUCAGGGCAGCCCCAGAGCUGCUUCUCUGGGAUCCUGCCUGGCCAGACACACAGAGGGAGGGAGCCAGACCCUCUAACAGAUGAGCAGGCUCUCCAGUGGCGAGACACACCCAUGCAGAGGCACCUGCACCUCCUCAGGGGUGGGUCUGCAGCAGCAGUAAGAUGUGUUUUGUCUGGAGGUGCUCCUUGUGCAUCAGUGUAAAUCCAGGGGACCCACAGUCCUAUCCCCCUCCCCCACUCCGGGUCAGCCCCAGCCCUUGGGCAUUCCAUGCCUUGGGGCAUGUAGCCAGGACUACGGGCUUGUUAGCCUGACUAGCCUUGUGUGAAAGGGGCUAAUAUAAAAUGAAGCUGAAGCCUGCACUUGGGUCAAAAUGCCCCCCACAGCACUGACGUCCCUGGGAGCUUAGCCUGACCCAGGCACCAAGCUGGGAUCAUUGUUAUUAUAACAUAAGCUGUGCCGGUGACGUUUGAGGACGUGGCGGUCUAUUUCUCCCCGGAGGAGUGGGCAGAGUUAGAGGAAUGGCAGAGGGAGCUAUAUCGGGACGUGAUGAUGGAGAAUUACGAGCUGGUGGCAUCUUUGGGCUCUGUGGGCCUCAAGCCCAAGGCACCGGCUAGAAAAGCAAAGCGAGAGAAGGCACCAUGUGUCUGGGACCAUCAGUACUCGAGAGCAAAAGUCCUGAUGCUUCCAGCACAGGGGAACGACACCCCUAACCAGGAGCCGGUGACCUUCGAGGAGGUGGCGGUCUAUCUCACCACCGAGGAGUGGAAGGAGCUGAAGGACUGGCAGCGGGAGCUGUAUCAGGACGUGAUGAAGGAGAAUUACGAGCUGGUCACUUCUGUGGGAGACACCGUGGAGAAACCGGAGAUUGUCUCUAGGCUAGAGCGUGGGGAAGAGCCAUACAACCUCAGAGAGACACACGUUCCUGGUCCCCAUGGCACGGCAGACGCCGUCACGCUGAGACCGUCACUGCAAGGCAGGCAGAGGCUGGAGCCUGCAGGCCCUGGGGAGUUCCCAGGGGGCCAGACCGGGGGAAGUCUGGCUAGCAAGGACACAACAGGACCUUACCUUGGUGGUGGGACCCGGGGGGCUGAGGAGGAGGGGAUGCGUCGUGAGGAAGAGCCGGCAGGGCUGGACCAGAGCGAGAUGCUAACGGAGCGAGACACAGCGAGAGUUUCCCUGGGCUUGGCCGGGACCGGAGCCAGCGGGAGGCCUGUGAGGAACGGACACUAUGAACCCGCGUGGGGCGAGAGGCGGGUCAGGGACUCCCCAGCCAGCGCUGAGCCCCAGAGCAACGGGGCCCCAGGCAGAUCCCGCCCAGCACCUGAGAGCCAGGGGGGCAGCGUGGGGACGGGAGCCGUGACUGUAACCCCCAUCGCAGAGGGGCCGUGUGGGGGGAGCACUGGGCAGUGGGGGAAGCCAACAGAGGAGCACGCUACCCCCGUGGGAGGGAGGCCCUACGAGCGUGGGGAGGACUUUGGCAGCCAGGCCUCCCUAGCCAAGCACGCCAGGGCGGGCGCCUUUCCCUGCAGCCAGUGUGGCAAAGCCUUCAGCAGCAAGGGCAGCGUCCUGCGGCAUCUGAAGCUGCACAGUGAGGAGAAGCCCCAUGGCUGCGCCGAAUGUGGGCGGCGCUUCCGCACCAAGCAGACCUUCCUGUCGCACCAGCGCGUGCACACCGGGGAGAGGCCCUUUGCCUGCCACCAGUGCGGGCGGAGCUUCACACGCAAGGAGAACCUCGUGCGCCACCAGGAGACCCACGUGCACAAAGAGCCCCACACUUGCCCCGAGUGCGGCAAGAGCUUCCUGCACGAGGGUUCGUUGCUCCUGCACCGCCGUGCCCACUCCGGGGCCCGGCCCUUCCCCUGUGCCCACUGUGGCAAGAGCUUCAACUGGAAGACUAACCUCACCACCCACCUGCGCAGCCAUGCCGAGGAGCAGCCCUCCGCCUGCAGCCAGUGCGGCCAGGUUUUCAGCGACCGCGGAGACCUGCUGCGGCACCAGAGAGCCCACGCGGGCGGUGGGCUGCCAACGGCCUACGGCAAUGGGGAGACCUUCAGCGAGUUCCUCCAGAUCCACGAGAUGCUGAUCUCCCGCACACAUGCCCGCAAGCCUCUGGGCGCCCUCACCAAGUACAAAUGAAACCUGGCUGCAGGGCCCGGGCAGCUCUGCCAGCAUGGGGCAGGGGAGAACGCCCAGCCCCGUCUCCCAGCACGUGGCAGGGUAGAUGACCCUGCCAAUGCAGGUACGCCAGCGGGGUUACAGCCCGGCCAGGGAGUGCGGCCCUGGUGCGGGGAGCACUCUCCAGAGCUCUGGCUCCUCGGUGCAAGCUCUUCCCCCAGGAUUUUUCCUUUGGAUGGUGGUUGGUUCCCGUCCAGCUAGUUCCAGGUGCUGCUGCUGCCAGAUGUAGGGUGGCUGUUGCCCCCUGGGAUGCACUAGUCCCAUUGUUUAGGCCCCGACUCCUGGUGAUGAAGUCCCGCAGCACGUUCACAACCAGGGCUGCUCUCUGAGCUCUGAUGUUGCCGACCCUUGCAGGAGAGGCUGCUCAGACAUGCCCCGAUAGCCAGUAGCUAGCAGAGAAGAGCAGGGCCUAGGAGAAAUCUUCCGGGUCAGCCCCGGGUAGCACGCAUGGCUCCGGUGCGCUGGCCAAGGGGUCCCGAAUGGUAGAUCUCGCUGCAGCGAAGCCCGCGUCUGGGAGAAAAGGCAGCAUUGUGGAGGAGGCACAGACUGGCUUGCUGAGUCCAGGGAGAGGUUUCAGGGGAGUGCAUGGUGACAGCAAGCUGCGUUAGCCGGGGGCUGGAGAGCCAGAGAGAACCAGAGAGUCUGUCCAGCAGCCUCAGUCCGGAGUCUCCGCAGUACAUGGGUUGCCGAGAGCAGCCUGGCUUGCUGGUAAGGGCCUGUAGCCGCACUGGUGAAAGCCUGGCUAGAGGCGCCAUUGACUGGUCUCUGGUCUCAUUAACCAGCCAGGAUUGACUCACCAGUGAGUGCCUGUGAUCCCAGCUGCCUGCUGGCAUGUCUUAGCUGCAUUGCUAGCCUUGCACGUCCAGCCUAAGGUCACACCAUUCCGAUUACCCUCUUGCCUUGUAUAGAGCUAUUGAAAUGCUGGGCUAGAAGGGACCUCAAGAGGUCACCGAGUCCAGACCCCGGCGCUGAGGCGGGACCAAGAAAACCCAGCCUGGUCCUGACAGGUGUUUGUCCAACAGGUUCUUAAAAAUCUCCAGUGACGGGGACUCCAUGACCUCCCUUGGGAGACUGUGCCAGAGCUUCACUGCCCUGAGAGUUUCUUCUACUAUCUAACCAAAAUCUUCCUCUUGUUCCCCACUUCAGUUUGAAGCUGGCUUUAGCUGCAGCUCUCUCAGCUGGACUAGAGCCUGAGCCAUUGCUGGGUCCCCUCUGAAAUCGGGGAACACCACAUUUUGCAGGGUCUAGCUGUGUUCCCCUCUGGGCUGGGCUGGUGGCUCCAAUGAUGCUGGAGUUCAAGUGAGCAAGGAGGGACGGCCGAGGCGUGUUAUCAGCACGAACGGGGUCCUGUUUAAAGAACAUUUUCUUUACUAAGACUAAAUCACCAGCUCAGGUGAGAAAUGUGCCACCACGCAGGAAGGGAACGGCUGGCUGACCGAGCAGUGUAUGCACUGAAAUUCUCUGCGCGGUACAUAAAUACACUUCCGCUGUCAGACCAAGUGUCUAAUAAACCAGCCCAGUUGUCGCUCGCUGCC